UAUGUGCGACCACGCGUGCUCCACUCGUCCCUAAACGUCGCCGUUAACCAGAUCUCUCCAGAAUGUCAUCCCUCUCCAAAUUUUAACACGACGCACCUUCAAGCAGAAUCACUUCUCUCUCACGCUCUAGCUGAAAAUGGCGAACUCGAGAACUGUUCUGAUCCUGUGCGGUGACUACAUGGAAGACUAUGAGGUGAUGGUACCGUUCCAGGCUUUGCAAGCUUUCGGAGUCUCAGUCCACACCGUCUGCCCCGGUAAAAAGUCUGGUGACUCUUGCCCCACCGCUGUUCACGACUUCUGUGGCCACCAGACCUAUUCCGAGUCGCGAGGUCACAAUUUCACACUCAAUGCAACGUUUGACGAAGUUGACCUCACCAAGUACGAUGGAUUGGUUAUACCAGGAGGACGUGCUCCUGAAUACUUGGCCAUGAAUGCAUCUGUUGUUGACUUGGUUAAACAGUUUUCAACCUCUGGAAAGCCCAUAGCCUCUAUUUGCCACGGGCAGUUGAUACUAGCAGCUGCUGACACUGUUAAUGGUCGAAGCUGCACAGCUUAUGCAACUGUUGGACCUGCCCUUAUCGCUGCAGGCGCCAAGUGGGUGGAACCAACAACGCCUGAUGUCUGUGUCGUAGAUGGUAGUUUGAUCACUGCGGCUACCUAUGAGGGACAUCCUGAGUUUAUCCAGCUUUUUGUGAAGGCCAUGGGCGGUAAAAUAACUGGAGCUAAUAAAAGAAUCUUGUUUCUUUGUGGGGAUUAUAUGGAAGACUAUGAAGUCAAAGUUCCAUUUCAGUCCCUUCAAGCUUUGGGGUGUCAAGUUGAUGCGGUUUGUCCGGAGAAAAAGGCUGGUGAUCGCUGCCCAACUGCAAUCCAUGACUUUGAGGGUGACCAAACUUACAGUGAAAAGCCAGGCCAUACUUUUGGUUUAACUGCUACUUUUGAUGGAGUAGAUUCCUCCAGUUAUGAUGCUCUGGUGAUUCCAGGGGGCAGAGCUCCUGAAUAUCUGGCCUUGAACCAACACGUCCUUAACGUAGUUAAAGAGUUUAUGAGUUCUGGGAAACCAGUUGCAUCUAUCUGCCACGGACAACAGAUCUUAGCUGCUGCUGGUGUCCUAAAGGGAAGGAAAUGCACUGCUUAUCCAGCAGUGAAACUGAAUGUAGUGCUUGGAGGAGGAACUUGGUUAGAACCAGAUCCAAUUCACCGGUGCUUCACCGAUGGGAAUCUGGUAACUGGGGCAGCAUGGCCAGGACACCCAGAGUUUGUGUCACAGCUAAUGCUUUUGUUGGGAGUUCAGGUUUCAUUCUAGAUAUGUAAACCGUCCCUUUCAUGUGGAAUCUUUCAAAACCAACUCGUCUGCUAAUGUAAUGUGUGUAAAAACUUGUGGCUUAUGUUAUUAUGCUACUGCAGUCUCUCAUGUUGAGGUUUUGAGUCUUUGAUGUUUGUCUAAGUUGGAAAUAAAGUUUAUGAGAUUUUCA